GAGGAGGCAGAGAGUAAGUGCAGCGAGGAAAGAAACCUAAAAGUGAAGUUCUUUGCGGCAAAGGCCCUGUAGAUCAGGACACACCUCAGCGGCUCAUAUGAAAUAAUGAGACUUAGGGAAUUAACUUCAGCAGAUAUGAGCAUAUUAAGAAACUGACUACUGGGAUUGCUUAAGUUUGGGUUGGGAGGUGAACUAAAGGGGAGAAAUUGAGGACCAAGGAGUGAGCCGUGAGGGAGGAAGAGUAAAAAAUGGAGGCACCUUCAGUGUGAGCUGCGAGUUAGGUGUGAUUUGUACAGUCUGCAGCGUGUGUGUGAACUGGUCAGCAGUUUGGUUGCAGGUUUCUGCUGAGCAGAACGUGUGGUGUCUUGAUUGACUUGAUUGCUGCUACUGAUACUGUUAUGGACUCCACUGCACUGCUGUCUGUGGUAGGCGGGGCUCUAUUCCUGUCAAUCAUCCUUUUAGCCAGUCUUUGUACAUACUGCUGGGGGCAUAAACAACCAACAUCCAUCCAUCAGAGGUCCAGUGACUCAGAAUACAACCCAACUUUUGUGGUUCGGCAUCCCGUGUCAACAUAUGAGCACCAUACGGAUCAUACCAGAAUUGGACCUUACCAACCCAAUUCACUCAGUUCACCAUCUAUUACGGUCACAAAGGUGCCCUCCUGUCCUCCCUCAGAAACUGGAAGUCAAGCCAGUUAUGUGAAUCAAAACGGUGAGGAGGGAAUCAACAUUCAUGUCGAUGGCCAUGAGAGUGACGAUGAGCCGUAUGUUCAGCCUCCAAGUGAAUACAUAGUUGUUCUUCCAGAUUCCCCAAACACGCUAUCUCAGAGACCCAGCAGAGCUUCAUCCCAGAGCUCAGGAGAACCUUACAUAAAUGUAGACCAUGUGUCUGAAGCUAUAUUUGACUGUGAGAUGUAUGUGGAUGAAUCAGACUCAGACAUUCCCGAUUAUGAAAAUUGCAGAAAUUCUCAAGACCACAGGGAACAAACCCAUAGUCUGUCCCGUGGAAGUCAAAGCAGUGAUGAACGGGACAGCUCUGAUUAUGUCAACACAGACCCUAAUUUACAAUAACCAAGGAUUUGCCUUUUACCAAAUAAUGACAGUUAAAAAGGUCAGACCUAAGAAUCAUCCUGACUGCCAGAAGAGUUUUCAGAUUUACCUGUGCUUUGAAUUUUGAAGUGCAUCACCAAGAAAGCUUUGAACCAUCGUCACCUCCGAAAACUUCCUCCCUCAAUCCUUAUGACAGAUUUGCUGACGAAACCUGAGAAUGUUUUUUUAUUUUUUUUUAUUAACAUUUGCUGUUUACAGUGUACUGCAUCCAGGCUUUUAC